CACCCAACGAACCGGGCCUGGCUCGCCGGAGCCAAACGCCGGCAGGCCUCGGCCGUCGUCGCUAAUGACCAGUCGCCUGACGGGGCUCCUCCCCCCGGCCCGCCCCGUCAGGUUUAUCUUGUGACCGCGGCGUCCACUGCUUACUUCCUCGAGCCUGGAAUCACAGGAUCCACGAUGGGUUUCCUGUCGGCUGCGUUCCUGCUCCUGGUGCUCGGCGCCGCGGUCCAGGCCGAGCCGGUGCGGUUCAAGGACUGCGGUUCUGAAGUUGGGGUGAUUAAGGAAGUGAAUGUGAGCCCGUGCCAUGUCCAGCCCUGCGAACUGCAAAAAGGCCAGUCCUAUGGUGUCAAUGUCACCUUCUCCAGCAAUAUCCAGUCUAAAAACAGCACAGCUUAUGUGCAUGGCAUUUUGUUCGGGGUUCCGGUUCCUUUUCCCAUCCCUGAGCCUGACGGUUGUAAGAGUGGAAUCAGCUGCCCCAUUCAAAAAGGCCGGACCUAUAGCUACUUGAACAAACUCCCGGUGAAGAAUGAGUACCCUUCGAUAAAACUGGUGGUGAAGUGGGAACUUAAGGAUGAGAAGCAGAAAAGUCUCUUCUGCUGGGAAAUCCCAAUUGAAAUCGCAGCCUAGAGCCCUCCGAGGCCAGCCUACCUGUGUGAGGGCUAGCGGUGGGGGUGGAGGAAGGGAGGUGGCGGCCAAGACUUCAGACCUGAGACUUGUUCCCCGCCCAGGAUGAAAUGAGUGUCGAGGCACUGUUUGCUGCCCCUCAGCCUCCAGCAGCACCUUGGACCGAUUUCCUGAGAGCCCAGAACUGUUGCCUUACGAAAGCUAGCGGGACAGCAGGGAUCAAGUCACCCGUCUCGGAGGGCCCAACCAGGCCAAACCUGAAGGAGGUUGCCUGGGGGCCUUCAGGCACCAUGCCCUGUUGGUCCUCCCCGUGGAGGCUGGCUUCCAGACCACCACUCCCCCACCCCCCACCAGCUGCAACCUGACCCCCGAAGGUUCCUCUUCUCUAAGUGCCUCUCUGGAUCCAGUGCAUCCGCCACCAUGUCCUCUGGCUGGACUCCAGUGCUCCCGUAACAGUGACCUCUGCUGGGACCUAGUGACCUGCCAGAGAGGAGCCUCCUAGGCUGCAUCGGCUGCAGAUGCCUGCUUUUCUGUGGUGGUGUCAUCUCUUCUGUCUUAGGUGGUUUUCAUUAAAGGCAGCAGUUGAUUCACA